AGCAGCUAGCUCCCAUAGUCGUGGUCUUUCUGCUGAGCUGAAACCUCUGAAAUUUUAGAAAGUUGACUGAAGUGGGAACAGAGAUCUUAGGCAGAAUUUUGUGGAAUUUUAGUGCCAGGUUUGAAAAAAUCCAACGCAAAAUGACUGAAGCCAAACACAUACUGCACAGCGGAUAUUUUCAUCCUGUUAUGCGUAAAUGGCAGAGUAUGAACUGUGAAAUCGGUCCCCACAACCUUAUGUACCCGGUGUUUAUUGUGGAUGACCCUGAUGCUGUUCAACCUGUUGUUAGCAUGCCAGGAGUUAGUCGUUAUGGUGUGAACCGCCUUAAAGAGGCUUUGGAGCCCUUAGUGAAAAAAGGUCUAAAAUCUAUCUUACUCUUUGGAGUUGCAGAGUCUCUUCAGAAGGAUCCUAUUGGAAGUAAUGCAGAUUCUAAGGUUAAUCCUGUAAUUGUAGCUCUACCAUUGCUUAGGAAAUGGUUCCCUGAACUAGUAAUUGCAUGUGAUGUUUGUUUGUGUCCAUAUACUAGUCAUGGACACUGCGGUCUUCUCCUACCUUCAGGUGCCAUAAAUAAUGAAGCCAGCAUCAAACGCAUCGGAGAAGUGUCUUUGGCAUAUGCAAGAGCGGGUGCUCAUAUUGUGGCCCCCUCAGACAUGAUGGAUGGGCGUAUUGCUGCUAUCAAAAAGGCAUUAGCGUCAGCCGGCUUAUCAAACACUGUCAGUGUUUUGUCGUAUGCUGCCAAGUUUGCAUCAGGUUUUUAUGGACCAUUCCGUGAUGCAGCAAAAUCUGCGCCUUCAAGUGGAGAUCGUAAAUGCUACCAGCUCCCUCCCGGUAGCAAAGGCUUGGCUGCUCGAGCUGCAUUGAGAGAUGUGAAUGAGGGGGCAGACAUGCUGAUGGUCAAGCCUGGUUUAGCUUACUUAGAUAUUGUCAGGCAAACUAAGGAUGCCCAUCCAGAGCACCCUUUAUUCAUAUACCAAGUGUCAGGAGAGUUUGCUAUGAUAGCACAUGCAGCAAAAGCUGGAGCUAUUGAUUUGAAAACAGUAUUGGAAGAAGUCCUUGUUGCCAUGCGACGUGCAGGUGGGGACUGUAUCAUAACUUACUUCACACCUCAAAUUCUUGAUUGGAUGCAAAUGAAGGCAAAACUUUAAACAGUCUGUCUUACACUGUACAGGAAUUACAGAAGAAGUGGAUGGUAUGGUGGGUUUGUUUUACCAUUAAAAUGGGUUAGUGUAGUUGGAAUCUAAUGUACAAAUGUAGUGAUAUUGUAACUUUUCUUUUGUUGAAAGAGAGAACCGGCUUGUGUAAUUUGUUAUUGUUAAUGAUUAGUGGGUUAAGUUUUUUUUUUUUUGAAUUUGGUUGUGGUUUUGUCAUUGACAUUUUUAUUUGUUCCUAGAACUCCCAUUGUUACAAUUCCUGAAUCUCAUUUCUCGUUAUUGUUGUCAUGUCUUGAGUAGCCUGUAGUUGACUGAAAAUUCCAUUCUGUGAUAUUUCUUUCCCUUACUCGCAACUUAACCACUGCCUCGCUGCUGCUGUGUUCGAUGUGUUUACGUUAUCAAUUAGUUUUGUUUCAUCAGCUACCCCAUUCAGAGGUGUACUGCUGUUGCUGUGUUGCUCUCUCUCUCAGCAGGUUCGAGCCCCUGCGCGCCCGGCGGGCAGGCAACCCAUUCGACACGUGGCCACAAGGCGCAAACUGAACUGUUAGUUCUAAGCGCAUCAAUCAAAUGACAUAGUGUAUAGCUGUUUAUGGCUCUCUGUGACCGGACGUUAACAACGAAAAUAAAAAUAGUACUUUGUUGUUAAAGAAA